AACUCUCGCGAUAGUUGGAAACACAUGGCCGCCCUCAGUGUUUACAACUUCUCGUAAUGAGCUGGUGAAUAGAAUUAAAAAGUCCCGAAGUAGAAGGACGUCGAAUAGUUGUGUAUGCUAUUCGUACUGUCCGGCUUUAGGUGAAACUUUGACACCGUCGAGGAGGAAAGUGUUUCUAGGGAAACUGCGAGCAGAACCAAAGGCCAGGCAAUCCACAACACAGGCUAGUGGGUGCUGUGAUGUCCUCGACCCCCAGCAGACUCAAACACCCACACUGCAGGAAGAAGCACUAUCCCAGUAGCACUUACCUCACCCACGUCUGACAGCCAGUCAUCGGACACAAGGCACUUGGACGCCAGGUUGAGGACUUGACAGAAGGGAUUAAUAAACAAAGAGAGAUGUCUGACUCAGCUGGAGGUGGUGAAGGCGGAGGUGUGGCAGGAGCGGGACAGGACGCAGAAGCCGAUAAUGAGCCCCCUCAACAGGCGCCACCUUUACCUGAAGGUGACAGUUUAGAGGUGGCGGAGACCUCAGAGGAAGGGACACCUCCAUCUGCCAAGCGGUCCAGAAUAAGCAAUGAGGAACAAGGGCUGGAUCAGCCUGCAAAGCCCGUCAAAGUGCAUGAAGAAACACCAGCACAGGCUGGCGCGCUGCAGGGAGACGCAGCCCCACCAGCACAAAGAACAGAACCGCUACAAGGUGAGGAAGAGGGUCGAGAAGGGGCAGAGGUGUCUGCCAGUGGGGAAGGUGAAGAAGAAUGCCACCAGAAUGGAGAUGGAGGGCAUGGUACCCCCUUACAAGAAGGAGAGAUGAAACCAGAGGAAGAGCUCAACGGUAACAGAUCUGCAGAAAGCCCCAGUGGAGGACAGCACCUUGGCCUAGAUUUUACCCAGAACCCCCAGAUGUUGACUGGUUCCUGGACCGAGUACUCCAACUUUCCAGAGAAUUACCUCAAAGGCUGCAAAUGGGCUCCUGAUGGUUCCUGUAUCUUGACCAACAGUGCAGACAAUGUGCUCCGUGUGUACAACCUCCCUCCAGAGAUUUACAGCUACAACUGGGACUUGCUUCCUGAGAUGAGUCCAGUGCUGAGGAUGGCAGAGGGAGACACCAUCUACGACUACUGCUGGUACCCCAAGAUGAACUCUCUGGACCCAGACACAUGCUUUCUAGCCAGCAGUAGCCGUGACAACCCCAUCCACGUGUGGGAUGCAUUUUACGGGGAGGUGCGAGCCAGUUUCCGACCCUACAAUCACCUGGAUGAGCUGACGGCAGCCCACUCCCUCUGCUUCUCGCCCGAUGGAACGCAGCUCUACUGCGGCUUUGAUAAAACUGUCAGGGUCUUCUAUACUGAGCGUCCUGGAAGAGACUGUGAGGAGCGGCCCACCAUAGUGAAGAAGCAGGGCCAAAGUGGCAUCAUCUCCUGCUUUGGCUUCAGCCCCUGCCAGUCUGUUUACGCCUGUGGCUCUUACUCCCGCUGCGCUGGCCUCUACUCCUGCCAAGACGGCACCCUGCUGGCUCUGCUGCCGACCCGUCACCACGGAGGCCUCACCCAUCUGCUCUUCUCCCCUGACGGAAACUACCUGUACACCGGCGGCCGCAAGGAUCCAGAAAUCCUGUGCUGGGACCUAAGAGAGCCAGACAAGGUUCUGUUUUCACUUAAGAGGAAUGUGGCCACUAACCAGCGCAUCUACUUUGACUUGGACAUGUCAGGCAAGUACCUGCUGAGUGGCGACACGGAGGGAGUGGUGUCAGUAUGGGACACCCAGACAGCUCCUCCUGAUGGUAACGAGGAGCUACUGCAACCUCAGCUCAGGUUUCAGGCCCAUUGGGACUGCACCAACGGCAUCAGCAUUCAUCCCUUCAUGCCAUUGUUGGCAACCUCCAGCGGGCAGCGUCAGUUCCCGUGGCCGAGCGACAGUGAGGGUGACUCAGCCUCUGACGGCGAGGGAGGUGACGCUGUGAUGUCACCGCAGGAGAUCCGACAAGACAACACCCUGAGCCUGUGGUGGGCCGGACCGCUCGGCCCUGCCGCAGAGGGGAGUCGAGAACAGGGUACAGCGGUGGUGGAGGCCUGAGUUAGUUCAGCCAGCUGACAACAAAUUGAGUUAGACCUGCCAUGUGAUAUUUAUUUUGGGAAUGUUUGGUGUGGAUAAAGCUAAUUAUUGGUCAGUCAGAUUCUCUUUGCCAUCAACAACAUGAAGUCCUGAGGAGGGAAAGCAUUUCUGGAUCACUUUUAAAUAUCCAGUUACCAUAGGCAUUAACAGUCGAAAUACAUUUCUAAACAUAUCACCUGCUAGUUUACAGCAUUUACACGCCACAGUAUUCUCACUUUCAGAGUUAACAUUAAAGGAUUAUAAAACAUUGUAUCAGGUCAGUACAGAACAGAUGUUCAGGGCUCUGUGUUUGAAGACUUCAUUGCUGUAAUGCAAAUUUGGUAAAUAGGAAUUGGAACUGUAUGCCAAGACUCUGAUCAAUGCUGAAACCAAGGGGGUUUUCUUUAAAACCUUACUCAGGUUGAGACAACAUGUGGGUUGCAUAAGGGGUGGAUUGGAGCCUAAUAUUUCUCCAUUUUGUUAUUCAAUCAGUGAGAGAACAUGUUUUUUUUUUUAAAUCCAGUCAAGGUGAAAUUCAAUGAAUCUUUUAUGAAACCUGUAUUUUCUGUUUUGUUUUUUUAUUAUUAUUGGGGAAUCUGCUUCCUGAAUUGGUUAUAUUUGGUUGAAUUGAAAUCCUUGACUGUGGCAUGAAGCGGCCCAGUGUUUGUCUACUGAUCACACCUCCUAUUUGAGUUGUAUCUGUGGGAGUGUUUGUUUACGUGUGUGUGGCUGUAACGCUGCCCCGGAGAUUUCCUAACUGCUAUAGUUACAGUAAGUGCCAUUUGUUCUUUGAGCUUUGCUUUUGUAAACUGAUGGGAUCUCCUGUUUUUACCUUCUUUUUUAAACUAUUGGACGCAGCAAGUGUUGUGUCGCCCAGUGCAUGCCCACAAAUGUAUAUUUUUGUAAAGCCAUGAUGAUCAUUCUGAUUUUCCGAAUGUAUACUCUGUAAGCAGCUCGCUUGAUUACUGUAACCUCAUAACAAUCUGUGAAAGUCUUUCAGUAGUGGGUGCACCUGGAAAACAAGCGACGUCUCUUAUUUUUUCUACAGAUUGCACUCUGAUUACAUUGUACCUGUGUGAGUGGUGAUAUGGCAGCACAAAACACAUUGUAUUUGUAUAAUUGCAUUAAUAAUGUACUGCAGUGAUUUGCUCAAUGCUUAUGUUGCCAUCAGUGGGUUGUGCUUUGCUGUAGGGAUUCUGAAACCUAAGCCUUGUAUCUUUAGACACUGAGGAAUCUAUUCGUUUUAAAGCCUGUGCUGAUCCAGGUUUCACUUGUUGGAACUAAAAUUUGUUGCCAAGUAAAAAUAGCUACAAUUGUGUGGCUACUAUCACCAGGGAACAUUAGGAACCAUGUAGGCUUUAGUGUCACAGAUAGAUAGCUGUGUCUACGACAGGUGGAUUUCUGGUGAUUUUAUUCAAGCUGGAGUGAAUUAAAAGCAUAUCUCCUCACAGGUU